AUGCCGAACCUCGGCGACUACACGAUCGGUUGGAUCUGUGCCGUUACCACGGAAUUUGUUGCUGCUCGGGCAUUUCUGGACGAAAGCCAUGACAAGCCAGAAGGAGUAGCACAGAACGAUGACAACAACUACGCCCUUGGUACUAUGGGAAAGCAUAAUGUUGUGAUCGCCGUUCUUCCUAAGGGGGAGUAUGGUACCACUACAGCGGCGACUGUUGCAAGAAACAUGGUGCACAGCUUUCCAAAUGUCCGCAUCGGUCUCAUGGUUGGUAUCGCCGGCGGCGCUCCCAGUGAAAAGCACGAUAUCCGUCUCGGCGACAUCGUCGUGAGCAGUCGAAGCGGCAACAAGGGCGGUGUCUUUCAAUAUGAUUAUGGAAAGACGAUACAGAAUGGCUCGUUCGUGGAAACAGGGUGUCUCAAUCAACCGCCCCAAGUACUACUAGCCGCAGUGAAUGGACUUGAGUCCGAUUACAUCAUAUACGGCCAUCAACUUGAUUCUAAGGUGGAAGAAACCCUUGAACGUUACCCACGUCUACGCAAAUCACACUCUCGUCCACCCGCACAAAGCGACAGGCUUUAUCAACCCCACACAACGCAUCCUCCAAACUCAACAUCGGACUGUCUACAAGCUUGUAGCAAUGAUCCGAACGAGUUGGUCCCUCGACACGAACGAGGCGUGUAUGAUGACAGCCCAGCCAUACACUUCGGGCUUAUUGCUUCUGGGAACCAAGUGAUGAAGAACGCACAUAUCAGGGAUCAACUAGCAGCUGAAAAAGGAGUAUUGUGUUUUGAAACGGAAGCGGCAGGCCUGAUGAAUCACUUUCCGUGCCUAGUAAUUCGUGGUAUUUGCGAUUACUCGGACACCCACAAGAAUAAGUCCUGGCAAGGUUUCGCUGCCAUGAUUGCCGCGGCUUAUGCGAAAGACCUCUUAGGUCAGAUUUCGUCGACCAGGGUUGAGAUGGAAACAACACUGGCAGAGAAGUUGCAAUCUAUUGAGGUGAACCAGGUUCAUCAUUUCGACGUCCUAAAUAAAAUAAACACAGCAGUCAUCGAGACGAAACAUAACCAGCACGUUGCCGAUGUAAAAGCUUGGCUGGCACCUCCGGGUUCAUCUACCAACGCGGACCGUGCUAGAGGGCUUCGUCAUGAAGGCACUGGGAAGUGGCUUCUCCAUUCCAGACCCUUCAGAGAGUGGGCAUACGGACCACGUCAACAUUUAUGGUUAUACGGGAUGCCAGGUUGUGGGAAGACCGUUCUGCUAACAACAGUCUACGAUCAUAUCAAACAAAAGUCUGAUCAGAUUGCGCUUCAUUUCUUCUUCGAUUUUGGCGAUGAGCGGAAACAAACAUUGGAGAGCAUGCUGCGGGGACUCAUUUUCCAACUUUACACACUUCCAACUCCAGCAACUUCGGAAGUUGAUAACCUUUUCGAGGGGUAUAACCAAGGUCGGGAUCAGCCUGAUAGCAGUGCUCUAUCCAUUUGUCUACAACAGAUUCUCAAAAGUUCAGGCAAGGUCUGCAUUUUUAUCGAUGCCCUUGACGAGUGCUCUGAGAGAGAGGAAUUGCUCGGGUGGCUGAAAAGCAUCACCGCUGUCUCUGAUUUUGAUCACCUCAAGCUCAUCAUGACUGCUCGGCCUGAAGCGGAGUUUGAUCAGCAACUGCCUUUCCUGAUACAACAAAGUAGCUGCAUUUCACUGCAGACGGAGUUAAUGAACGCCGACAUCCAGUCGUAUGUCCAAAGCAGCUUGGAGGAGAGGCCCGGUUUCAAGAAGUGGAUCUCAGUUCCAUCAAUGCUCCAACGAAUAAGCCUUGAAGUUGGCAGUAAGGCUGAGGGAAUGUUUCGGUGGGCAGCCUGUCAAUUAGAUAGUCUCGAACAAUGUAUCGACCGAGAGGAAAUCGAGAUCGCCCUGAGGUGCAUGCCACGGAACCUUCACGACACAUAUGAGCAAAUUCUCAGAAAGGUUCCCGACAAUCGGAAAGAAAAAUCAAUACGCCUCCUUCAAUUUCUCGUUUUCUCGUCGAGCCCUUUGACUCUCGAGGAAGCUGUGGAUAUUGUAGCCAUUCGCCCCGAAGGCUUCAACUUUGAAGAUAGAGUUUUCGUCCCCGGGGAUAUCUUGCAGUUGUGUCCUGGAUUGAUAUCCAUCCAAAGCAGUGGACUAGCACACAGGGAACAGUAUGAAGUCCACCUGGCUCACCUUUCAGUCAAGGAGUACCUGCUCAAAGUCCAUGAAAGCUUUCGGCCGAUUUGCGCACCGAUCAGUAUCUUGCGUUCACUUUUCUCGUAUAUCUGGAGUGCCAGAAAGUUCAUUUUUGAAUAUUUGAGACGGCCUGACUUUGAUUACAUCAGUGAUCACAUCAUUCUUAGAGGUGGUCUUGCUUUGACAGAGUUUCCCUUACUACAAUAUUUUGAGCAGAGAUGGGUGGAUCUUCUUCGCCUUGCUGAAGAGCCGGAUGAUCUCGUGGAGGAAGCAGCGGACAUUCUGCAUGAUUUCGUUGGAUAUGAACUUACUAGAGGUUGGAAAUCACUUUUCUCAUUUGCGGAUUCUGAAACCGUGUAUCGAAGGGCUCUGUGCUUUGCGUGCUACAACAAACUGGAGAAGACGGCAAGAUCUUUGAUUCGACAACACGCCUACGUUGAAGCGGCUGGCGACUUCACAGACGCUCUGCGAGCUGCAUCUUACUCAGGCCUUCUUCAUAUCGUCCUAGAGCUCCUAGACUUGAUACCAGAGUCCGACAAACAACACGAGAUACUUGGUGGCGCUCUGAAGGCCGCUUCAGCAGGAGGAAAUUACCAAGUUGUACGGCGACUCUUGGAUUACGGGGCACUUCUUUGCAGCUGCGAGAAAGGUUAUGGCGACACCUUCGCCGUAGUAGGAGCUGCACGAAGAGGGUUUUGGGAGGUUGUCAAGCUGUUCUUAGCGAGCGGUUCAGACGUCAACAGAUGCGGACAUAUCGUUAUGAUAAAUGGAGAUGGAGACAACGCUUUGAGAGCAGCAUCUAUACGUGGGCACUGGGACAUCGCCAAACUACUUUUAGAGAACGGGGCAGAUGUCAACGCUCAGACUAUCAGUCCAGUUACCGGGGCUACGGCUCUCCAGGCAGCCUCGAGCGCUGGACACUUGGAUAUGGUCCAGCUCCUUCUGGAACAUGGAGCAGAAGUGAAUUUGCAGAGUUUUCACAAUAACGCCUUGGCAGUUGCAAUACGCAGACGUCAAAGUGAAAAGGCGAUUGUGCAGCUCCUUCUCGCACAUGGCGCCAUUAUCAACGCACACGAAACACAUACUUCGGAGCACAUUCAAGAUAACGACAGACCUCUUUGGGCUGCGGUCGCUGCAAAUCGUCCAGACCUGGUGCAACUGCUACUGAAUCACGGUUCAGAUUACGAUGGCUCAAGCAUCAUGAGAAAGCCUGUACUCCCCGUCUCCGGCUCUGAGUUGUCUGUCAAGCGCUAUCAAGAUACUUUACAACUACCCGCUGAGAGGGGAGCCGAUCCCAACGAACUGGGCUGCGAGGGAUAUCCGAUAUUAUAUCAGGCUGUUAAAUCAGGUUACUUGGAGAUCACAAAAAUACUCGUACAAGCUGGCGCAAAUCUCAACCCGGCACAAUUUGGGUUCAGCAAGAUGGUCACCUUGGCUUUUGAUCAGGAUAACUACGAAAUUGCGUUAUACUUGCUGCAGGAGGGUGUAGGUCUUGCUACUCCACAUGAAGAUGGUUAUUUGAAAGACCGAAUACCUCUACUCUUUCUAGACUGGGCAGCCGACUCUGCCACGGAUAUUCCGGACAUCGCAGAGCUCUCUGUGGAAAUAUGUAAACUGCGUGGCCUUAGCCCCGCAGAGAAGCUGACGAGAAUGAAUAUUGAGCUGAAUAAUCCCGAGUUAUACUCGAUCUACAGAUCAAGUGGUCAAUAUCGACGCGAGAUAUACAAAAGGUCACCACCGAUGUAA